AUGCCGCCUAAGAAGAAACGUACAGCAAAACAACCGGCCCCGGCAGCGUGUCAGUCUGCUAGUCAGCGUGGUCGUGGCAGGCCCGAAGAUGACAUUGGAGGCGUCUAUGGCGAGAUGCUUGCUGAGGCUCUUGCGGAGGAGCAUGCCACAGCUUCGCCCCCGAGACCAGCAAAGCGACGCAAAACAAGCGAGGAACCCUGGAGCAAGAUUGAGCUUGAUGUAAAUCUAUUCAGCGGACCUGAUAAUGUUCGAAGUCCUGCACCCGUCGAGUCCGAACCUGCACGGCUCCAACAGGUCACCCUCACUGAGUUCGAUACUGCAACCGAGUCAGAUCCCGAAUUUGAGGAUGUCAACCUCGAGCCACUUGCUGAAGAGGCUGAAUACGAUGAUGAACCAGACGAGAAGCCUCUCGAGCUCAACCUUUCCAAAGUGUCCACGCCUACACGUGCUACACCAAGACGGAAACCUGUAAAUGCGGCAGAAAGACGGCUUCGUUUGGAUGUGCAUAAAGCGCAUCUCGUCAUGUUACUAGCGAAUCUCAAAUGUCGAAAUCAUUGGUGCAAUAGUGAGACAUUACAAGCCAUUUUGAAGCCCCUUGUCCGGCGGAAAACUACAUCGUUGCUUCAUGUGGACGAACGAAAGGCCCAAUAUGAACGAAACCGGUCCUUCAUGACAGGAAUCGAAGAAGUAUGCUCUAUCUGGGAAAGCGUGUGGACAAUAGAGGGAAGGGGGAUGACACGUGCUUUUUGGAGAGAUGAUGUCGAUGCUGUCAAGGAAAGCGAUGACACCGAGGACCUCGACUUCGAUGACUUCAAGACUGCAGCGAUCUCAAAACGUGGGUCGAGAGAUCUAGCUGCUCAGCUGUUCUGUGCCCUACUUCGUUCCAUUGCUGUUGACGCCCGCUUGGUGUGCUCGUUGCAAGUCUUACCUUUUUCGAGAGUUGCAAAGGGACAGACGCCGCAGAAGCCAAAGGCAGAAUAUAUUCGUGCGCCUCCUCAAGACUACGGCUCAACAUCCGGCACAAGCGCGCAGACGCGAAAAGUGUUUUCAGAGUCAAUGUUUCCGAUCUUUUGGGUUGAGGUUUUCUCUCCGGCCAUACAAACAUGGAUUCCUGUGGACCCUAUCGUCCGUCAAACGAUCAACAAGCCGAAGACGGGGUUUGAACCUUACGCCAAUGACAGCUACAACAAGAUGACAUACGUGAUUGCAUUCGAAGAUGAUGGCUCGGCAAAAGACGUAACGAGACGUUACACUCAAUUCUACAAUUCGAAGGUCCGAAAACAGCGGGUCGAAAGCACUCCAGGAGGCGAGAAAUGGUGGGAUAAGACCAUGCGAUUUUUUGAGAAGCCCUUUCGCGAAGCUCGAGAUGACAUUGAGGAUGCGUUUCUUCAUACGCGCACCGAGAGCGAGCCCAUGCCUAAUAACAUUGAAGAUUUCCGAGGUCAUUCAGUGUAUGUUUUGGAGCGGCAUUUGCGCAAGAACGAAGUCAUUCACCCGAGACGCGAGUCAGGCAAAGUCAAGAUAGGGUUCGGAAAGGACUCUAAGCUCGUCAGCGUGUUUCGCCGCCGAGACGUCCAUGUUUGCCGAACUGCCGAUGCUUGGUAUCGACGAGGAAGAGAUGUCAACGAAGGGGAGCAGCCGCUGAAACGGGCUGUUCCCAGACGGACCCGGACGCCGGCUGCCGAUGACUUUGAUGACGACGAAGAUGCCGCCGGUGGCACGGCUUUAUACGCCGAGUUCCAGACUAGCUUGCACAAGCCACCUCCGGUCGUCGACGGCAAAGUACCGAGGAAUGCCUACGGUAACCUCGAUGUCUACGUGGCGUCAAUGAUUCCAGCAGGGGCCGUCCACAUCCGACAUCCUCUUGCCGCGAAAGCAACUCGCAUUCUUGGGAUCGACUACGUGGAUGCUGUGACAGGCUUUCAAUUCAAAGGCCGACAAGGCACGGCUGUCAUCGACGGCGUAGUAGUCGCCAUGAACAUGACGAAUGCAAUGAUCACCGUGAUUGAAGCACUAGAGUCGCAGGCAUCAGAAGAGGCCGAAGAGGCACGAACUAAAAUCCUUCUGGCGAUGUGGAAACGCUGGCUCACUGCAAUGCGUGUACGAGCACAUGUGCAGCACCAAUAUGGGGAUCGUGAGGAAGGCACAAAAGGCAAAGCCCUCCUUGUGGACGACGAUGACGACGAAGAUGACACCACAUAUAAGCCGGAGGACGACGGAGGGGGUUUCAUGCUCGAAGAAGGUGAACCCGGCGAGAGCGACGAGGGCGCUGCGACAGCGCUGACGCCGUCUAAGAUGCCCAGUUUGAGACCGCUCGAGCUUCCCCCGGAAGUGGUGCAUCAAGAGGUUAUUGUUGUUCGGUCUCCCCACAAGCUCCCACAACCGCCCGCGCAAGAACCACCAAUGCAGCAGAGCAACUAUCAAGAAAACAAACCUAACGUGGCCGAUGAGGGAGGUUUCAUGCUUGACAAUAACCAUCCCGCAAUCCUCGCACCAGGGAAAGUAGACUCCGAAGCGGCUGCCAAUUCAGAAAGCGGCGGAUUCAUCCGCGAGGACGAGGCUGAGGACGACAAUGAAGGUGGCGGGUUUCUGUUAGACGACGAGGACGAAGCAAGUGGUGGCUUCGUGACCGAGACUGAAGCAUCCAAAACGCACACGCUAGCAAGCACAACUGACGAGGAACGAGCAGGAGGCUUCUUACCCGGACCGGAGACGGACGCGGCCUCGGCCACGGCCAACGACGCUGGCGCCGCUACGGGCCCUUCGACCGCGUCUACCACUCUGGGAAGCCCCGAGUCCAACAACAUUCGCCAUGAAUACCGGGACGCCGGAGACUGCGAAAAUACUGAAGUGGCCAUGGUCUAUUCAACUGAGGUUGGUCCAUCCGCGGCACAACCGCCUCCACCUCCGCCUCCUGCUAACCCGGACGAGGGCACACUGGAGCUGAACCAACACGAGGCCGCAAAUGGAGAAAGUCCUGCCUCGGCUCCUACGCCGGGCUCCCUCCUCUCGCAUGACCCCGAGGAAGACGACGCUGAGCCUGAGUGGCUGUUGAAUAGCCUGGGAGAGAUGGACUGA